ACCGCUUCUUUGAGGAGUUGCCCGUUCUUCCCAAGUUUGGAAAUUAUUUUGUUGUGCAGCAACGAACGGCGUUUAUGGACUGUGUUCGUGUUAACUCUUUGAAAUGGCAUCCAUAGUUUCUCCUGAAACAUUUGCAUACAAGUAAGAUAUUCAUGUUGGCCAGAAACUCUAUUACAAGUAGCUAAUGCUUGUCAAGAAAAAGCGGUGGAAAUGUUUUCAUCGCGGAUUUUAACAAUGGCAAUAUCCAGCCAGUUAGCUAGCGGCUCUCCUUGGUGAGAGUGGCACACAAACUUACGAAUGCUUCAGGUAAAUCUUACCGCGAAGAGGGUCACGAUAUGGUCAUUAAUCUGGAAUAUCCAAGUGUCGUGUUUGUGUCUACCUCCUUCAUACUCCCAUUGGUGUCACGUUGUAACCCGGCGUGAGACUCGGCGUUUAUUGGAGUACAGUGCUGCACAUCAGUCUUGUUAUAACGGGACAGCUCAGGAUGCAUCAUGCUACACAACACUACAACCACCUCCUUUCUCGGAGAAACAGGAGAGCCUCUCCAGUAUCCAUGUGAUGCAACAUGACACUGGUGGGAAAUCAGCAGAGCAGACAUUGCUUAGGAUGGAUGGUACAAUGGAAAUCAAUGGACGCAUGGUGUUGUUUGCAGAGGCCCCCCUUUCUUCUUCAGCUCCUGCUGGUCCCUGGGGACACUCUUUUUAUACGCCACUUACCUACAUGUCAAACAUCUUGCACCUCCGGAACCGCAGAAGCACACUCACCAGAUACAACCCGGGCCUCGCUAUACCUCAGGUUCAGAGUGCGGCACCUCCAUCUGCAUUUGGGGUCACAUUUUGCAAGUGUGCACAGGUGAAGCUGGACACUGACCCUCCUCAGCUGACUUUCUUCCUGCGGAUUCACAACAAGGGCCCAGUGGGUGGCACCAACCUUUCUCAGGUGGCUAUCCGGGACUCCAUCUCUGGAAUAGUACCCCUAAAAUCUGAAGGCAGGGUUGUGGAAAGAGGCUACCAGACAUUUGCCAUUGAUUCACUGUCUGCUGGAUCCCAAGUUGUUGUCAACUAUACCGCUCACAUAAAGAGUCAUAAGAGUGAGGUCCUGGACCUUCCGGCUUUUCUUACCUUCUCUAACGCCUCACAGAAUGAUGUCAGUAUGUUUGGUCCAUUGACAGCUAAUCUAACCUUGACGGUGAAUUCCACCGACAGGAUCUAUCCUAACCAUGGGGUCCAUUUUGCUGGAUUUGUCGCUGGGUUCUUUGUCACAUUGGUGCUGCUGUCACUGGGGUUUCUGGCCAUGAACCUGAUAGGUCUCCGAACCAGGCUGAACCUUCUUCAGCAAAGGAGAAACAGAAGGGAUUCGGACCCAGAGUAUGCAGACUGCAACAUGUGUGAGACCGUAAAAGAUGAGGCUGCAUUUGAAGACAAGAUGGUGGACACCAUGGUGUUGGAGGAGCCCCAGAAUAUGUACCAGGCUUUGGAGAACCUUGAAAUGUCCACACUGCUGCAUGCCACCAAUAACCUGGAGGCCACCCGAAUUCAGAUCUACAAGGAUGUGAUGUCCUCUCUGCUGGGCGGCCUGCUUGCCCGGGGCCAGUGCAGCGCCCAGGCCCAGCAGAGACUCCUCAGUGUGCUCCACGGACAGAUGCUGGGCAUGGAGGGUCGGCUGAAGGAGGAGCGAGGGGCCCGCAUGGCUGCUCUGGCUGGCCAGUGUAACAUGGAGACUCGGGAAGAAAUGGAAGCGGAGCACCGCAGAGAAGCUGCUGAGAAGGCCCAGGCCGAGCUGCUGUGUCAACAUGCAGACCAACAGGAGCUCCUCCACUGCAGCGUCCUCCUGGAGAAGCUGCACAAGCUGAGUCAGAAUCAGCUCCAGCGCAUUCUGUUGGUCCGACAUGAAGAAGCCUCAGGGAAGGUCCAGAGGCAGAUCAUCGAGUGGCGCCGGGUGGAGUUACACAAGAUUUUCUCUGAAGAACUGGAGGAGGCCACCAGGAUGGGCGAGUUGGAGAAGAGUACAGCCAAGAGUCUUCAGCACGAUUACUUUGCCUGUCAAGAUCAGCUAGAGGAGGUGCUGGAUGUCGUCCUUGCCAACCAGCGCUAUGUGCUCGCUGAACGCCACGCACAGAGGAAGUUCUUGGUGCACAGCCUUCACAGCCUCAACAGCCUGAUUUCAGACAGCUUCUCCAGCACCUCCGGCAAUCUGGACAGCUGGUUCACUCACAUCAGGAGAGGGAGCAUUGUGCCUGCAGAGCAGAUCGACCAGCUACAGGACAAGGCCCAGAAAGAGUUGGUGAUGGUGAGGCAGAGACUGGAUGAGGCACUGAGCCAAGAGAGGAGAGCCAUGCGCUGUGGACUGAUAAAGAAGAGGCGGGAGCUCAUCUCUGACAUGCUGCGGGUCCACAAACAGAGACAGAAGGAUCUGUCGGCUCUGUCCAAGGGUCUGGAGGAAAGGAUAGAUGUAGCUCAGCACCUGCACUGUUGGCAGAACUUACUGACAGCUCAAAGUUUGGAGCUAGCAGAGCUCAUCAACAACCUGGAUGAGGAGGCUGCUGCCGACAUUCGCAAGGUGACCAUGCGUAUGAUCCAGGGUGCCAUAACAGAAGUCAAAGCCAUCCAGCCUUCUGCAACCCAGGCCUUGCUAACACUUCUGCCUCCAGGGGCACAACGCUCCGUGCUGCAGGUGGAACCUGAGGCAGGACCAGGACAAGCCCAGGGACAAGGAGCGAACGCUCUCUUGCAGGGCCAGGAAAGGUUGCACCAGGAAGGCAAGGCAGCCUUACGCACCCUCAGCUGCACCAGGGAGGAUCUGCGGGAUGCCAUUGAGAGAGAGCUGCAGGAGCAGAGAGAGCUCAGGGCGCAAUGCAGAGCUUUCUUCAGUUGUUUGUGUUCGUCCCAGUUGACCCUGUCUGAAGAUGACCGGCUCAGGAUGAAACUGGAGUUUCAGAAGUGCCUGUCUGUGAUGGACCGCUGCCUGGUGCUGCCCCACGCCAUCUCCAGAACCAAACUCCACACCGCUCUUGCAGCUUGGAGAAAGGAGCGCGAGCAACAAAUGAUAAAUAAGCAAUCCAAGGGGGUAACCAGCGAAACAGACACGUCGGAACUGCUGCUUUUCCAGAAAAAGCUUGAGGACAGCAUCCAACUGUUUGAGAAGGAGAAGGAGACGGAGAGCGGCGUCAUGAACAAGGUGAUGGAAGAGAUGCGUAGGGAGAGAGAGGACGAUCUGCGCUCUCAGGGCGACAGCCUGGCGAUGCAGAUGGCUACCAUCCACUAUCAGAAGGCUGAGAGGAGGACCAAAGUCUUGGAGACCUGCGGAGCAAUGCUCACUCUGCACAGCCUUCUCAUUCUGCAGCUCAGAGAGAGAAAGAGCCUGGAGAGACAAGACAUGGCCCAGAGUAUACAGAACCACUGCUUGGGCCUAGAGGAAGCAGAACAAGAGCUUCAGAAGGAGAGGACUAAGCUGGACGGCCUGCAAAUGUCUCGGUCCAGAGUCGGGUCCAAUCCAACACGGAGAGAUGACUCUGAUGAGAGCGAGGGGGAGAGUGAGGAGGAGAGACUGUUUCAGCUGCAGCAGGAUUGCAGGAUGACGUCCAUCCUCCAGGAGGCACUCUACAAGAGCGAUCAGGUCAUCACACUGUUGGCUGAGAGGUGGCAGAAAAUGACUGGCAACAAUCAAGCCAUGGAAGAUUUAAAAGAGCAAAUGGAGCUCAGGAGACUUUAUGCAAACUGUGACCAGGAUUUGGAGUUUGCAUCUCGGCUGGUGAAGCAGAGUCGGGUAUCUGCUGAGGUUCUCCUGGAGGCUCUGCGUCUCCUCCUCCCCACCCUGCCUGAAAGCGAACUCAUUUCCAUCACUGAUGCCCUCUGCCCCAAACAGCACCCUGUUUCAUCACCAGCAGAGCAAGAACACUCGGGGUGUGCCGGCGGGGUGAACAGACCUCUUUCUGUCAAACUGAGAGAAGACGUGGUGCAUAAAAAUAUGCCAAAUAUGCCAAGCUGCACUUUGGAAAGAGAGAGACUCCAGGAAAAGAGGCAAUGUUUGAUGGAAAAACUGCUCCCCAGAAGCCGUCUCCUGGUUUCCAGAGAUGUUGCACCGCUGCUGGUUAAAGAGAAAGGAAAGGAGGACAGUUUUACUAAAGCCCAACAGCCUAUUCAUGAAUCAACCCUGACAGAAUACACCGUUUCAGAGCAGCAAAAUGACCCUGCAAAAGAAAGGUUUGUGGACACAGUGAAUGAAACGUUACACAGCACGGCAGAGGAAUACAUGAUGCCAGCCUCUGCCAGCAGUGUACUGGGCGUCCCUGCUACUGGAGAGAGGUUAUUUGUGUUCCGGGAUCCACCUGAUUCAAGUGGCAGUGUGGGUGCUCCGAAAAGAAAAAAGAAAAAGAACUUUCUCAAUCUGAAGAAAGGCUCAGUGGCUCCAUCAAACCUUUCUCGAGACUAACAUUGUCUUUUGCAAGAGAUUAUGAUGAUGGUACUUUAUUAUGAUAUAUAAUAUUAGAAUCCAAAAUAAACCAAUAGAUUUGCUGUGUGUAGCAAAACAUUUUCAGUGGCGUAUGUUGCAUGGUGGUUACAUUAAGGAGGUUGACAAACAGUUCCAUUAUUUUCAAUGGUGUUGGCUUGAAUCUUUUAAGUGGUGGGAAAUAUCCACUCAAGUACAGACUUGCUUUCACUUUACAAAUGUGUUAUUGGGGAAGAGAACAGAUUAAAAACCCCAUUCUUGCAGUAUUGGUGUGUACUGCAUUAAUAUCAA